CGUCACUAACACGAAUAAAAUAUAUUCGUUUGUAGCAGGCAGCCAUCAUUCAUUCUGUCCGGCAGAGAAUACAUAAAAAUUAGUAAACAAAUUAUUGGAGGGAAAAUAAUUAUUUACCGACUGCCGCAAAGAUGAGCGUGGAGGAAGAAGUUUUUAGAAUUCAGAAAAAAAUGUCGAAGAUAUCAACGUCAAGUGAUGGCACGGGCCAAGAACAAGCACUGGAUCUUCUAAAGGCUCUGCAAACGUUGAGCAUAAAUUUGGAAAUAUUGACAAAGACUCGCAUCGGCAUGACGGUUAACGAGCUGCGCAAGAGCAGUAAGGACGAAGAGGUUAUUGCGUUGGCCAAAACACUAAUCAAGAACUGGAAACGGUUUCUGGCCAGCCCAGCUCCAGGAACACCGAACAGUGGUGCCGGUGGCGGGAGUUCAGGAAAGGACAGCUCUGCGAAUAGCGGCAGUGCCGCCAAGUUGUCCAGUAGCUCGAAAGCAAACUCUUCUUCCGGAAAGGACAAAAACAGCAGCUCCUCCACGUCCAAAGAUAAGCGCGAAGAGAAGAAGCCUUCAUCAUCACAAACUUCGUUCCCAGCUACCGGCAUGAAGGAUGCCGUUCGCUUGAAAUGCCGCGAAAUGUUAACUAAUGCCCUAAAAAUUGGCGAAGUGCCCGAAGGUUGUGCCGAGCCCGAAGAGAUGGCUGCCGAACUGGAGGAGGCCAUUUACCUGGAGUUCAAAAACACCGACAUGAAAUACAAAAAUCGCAUACGUUCGCGUGUUGCCAACCUCAAAGACCCGAAGAAUCCAACACUGCGCGGCAAUUUCAUGUGCGGUGCCGUUACCGCCAUGCAAUUAGCCAAAAUGACGCCCGAAGAGAUGGCCAGUGAUGAGAUGAAGAAACUGCGCGAGAAGUUCGUUAAAGAAGCCAUCAACGACGCUCAGUUGGCCACCGUUCAGGGCACCAAGACAGAUCUGCUCAAAUGCGGCAAGUGCAAGAAACGCAACUGCACCUACAAUCAAUUGCAGACCCGUUCCGCUGAUGAGCCGAUGACCACGUUUGUCAUGUGCAACGAGUGCGGCAACCGAUGGAAGUUCUGCUAAGCCGGCGGAUGCCCCUCGACACAUAAGAAUUAAGAACACACACAGAGACACAAAAACAAACACACAUAUACAUACAUUAUUCGCGUUUUAUGCCACAUACACACAAAUUCGCGAUGCGUUUUGCAAUCGCCCAAUUUCAAGUGUAUUCACUGACCACCUUUAAACAAAAAAUUUCAAAACGAAUGUUCAAUAAAAUCACUAUUGAUGGAAACCAA